GGGGGUUUGUAGUGGCGGCACCCCCGGCGCUACUCCGGCGGGCUCUUUAUCUGCCGGGCCGCCCGGCCGCCCCCACCCUCCGCUGCUCCUCCCUCCCUGCCAUGCCGCUGGUCCGCUACCGGAAGGUCGUGAUCCUGGGGUACCGCUCCGUGGGUAAAACCUCACUUGCUCACCAGUUCAUCGAUGGGGAAUUUCUGGAGGGCUACGACCCCACCGUGGAAAGCACUUAUAACAAAAUGCUGUCGCUAGGGAAGGACGAAUUCCACCUGCAGCUAGUGGACACUGCAGGACAGGAUGAGUACACGAUCUUGCCUCACUCUUUUAUCAUCGGCAUCCAUGGCUAUGUGCUGGUAUACUCUGUGACAUCUCUCAAGAGUUUCCAGGUGGUCAAGUCUUUGCACAGCAAGUUGUACGAAAGCAGAGGGAAGACAAGGAUGCCUGUGGUGCUUGUUGGCAAUAAAGCUGAUCUCUCGCUAGAAAGCCGACAGGUGAAGACUGAUGAGGGCAAGAAGCUUGCUGAUUCUUGGGGUGCUGUUUUCUUGGAGUCCUCGGCAAAAGAAAACCAGAUGACUCAAGGUAUCUUCACCAAGAUCAUCGAGGAAAUUGACCGGGUGGAUAACUCCUAUGGCGAGCAACGCAGCUGCAUCCUGAUGUGAUGUCCAUGUCCCCAUCCGAAACCGCUCAGCCGGUGGGAGGGUGUGUGUCACAGUGUUCAGGCCAAGUCAGGACAGGUAUUGCAACUACCUAGAGCCCUGUACGGCAGAUCUGAAGUAGCUUACGGGUAACCCAGACAAGCCGCAAUAUACCUCAUUGCUCGCCCCCUAUAUGAGGCGACCACGUUUUGCACAUUAGUUUGCUGGAAGCAAUCUGUAUGUAUAUAUAUGUAUUGCCAAAUGUUUACAGAAACUCGGGAGGGCAAGCGCACAACAGGAUCUAUUUAUGUUUGUUUUUCGAUGGAGGGACUCUUCUGUAUAUUUAUAUUGAAGUAUAAUCCAUAUACGCACAAGUUUACACGUGCCCGUUCACUACUAGGUGUGAUGCAGUGGCCGGACAAACGGCCUCUUUCUUCUGUGGGCCAGUUCCUUAGUUCGUUGUCCGCUUUCGAUAGGAACUGAUUCACCAUAUUGGGCGGGCUUUCAAGUUGCGCCUCUUGCAACCUGCUGCCUUAUCUUAAUUUAUCUGUGAGAUUCCAGGCUGCAAACUGGGAUUCAAAGAGAGUUUAUUUCUCUUAAAUUUCCACCAUAACAUUUUCCCCUCUUCUUUUCAUCUUAUUUGGCAUUCUGUUAAAAGAACCCAAUAGGAGGGAGGCAUGAAGAGAGUCACCAGAGCCCAGUAAAACUUUUUUUUUGUAUGCAAAUAAAUGUGAAAUCUUUGUUCAGGAGCCAGGUCAAUUGGGUUGACGGACACAUUGCUCUGGCAAACAUCAGUGUGUUUAUCACUACUCAAAACGGUAUCGCAGCUCGUCUCUGUGUAAAAGGACAAAAACUGCCCAGCUUGGCAGAAUAGAAUGAAAAAAAGCAACGGCUGGAAGGCUGCUAUUGAAGUCCCCGCUCUGCCGCUCUACGUUAGGUCUUAAAAAAAUGCUAAAGCAGCGCUGACCAGGCUUUGAUGUAGUGUUAACGAUAGCAGGAAAUGUGACGUAGGAAGAGACGGUAUGACUUGUGCUGAUCUUGUCAAUUUGUUACUGGAUGGUAAAAUUCUAGUGCCUCUUUUGACACAGUUAAUGUUUUUGGAAAGCGGUACUGGUUUGCUGAGAAUGACCACACCGAAGUGGACGAAGGAAUCAGAGACUGUUUUGCAUAACCAUCUGUUGUGCUACAAGGUGGAACAAAGUCCGUUCUUGGAGGGCUAAAUAUGGGCAGUCUGAGCUCUUUAUUUCCUGCCCAGUGGGCCAUACCUGGGUCCUCAGCAGUAUGAGGCUGUAUUUUGCUUU